AUGACGUCCAUCCAUUUCGUGGUUCACCCGCUGCCCGGCACCGAGGACCAGCUCAAUGACAGGUUACGAGAAGUUUCAGAGAAACUGAACAAAUAUAAUUUAAACAGCCACCCCCCUUUGAAUGUAUUGGAACAGGCUACAAUUAAACAGUGUGUGGUGGGACCAAAUCAUGCUGCUUUUCUUCUUGAGGAUGGUAGAGUUUGCAGGAUUGGCUUUUCUGUACAGCCAGACAGAUUGGAAUUGGGUAAACCUGAUAAUAAUGAUGGGUCAAAGUUGAACAGCACCUCUGGGGCGGGGAGGACUUCGAGGCCUGGUAGGACGAGCGACUCCCCAUGGUUUCUCUCAGGUUCCGAGACUCUGGGCAGACUGGCAGGCAACACCCUAGGAAGUCGCUGGAGUUCAGGAGUGAGUGGAAGUGGAGGAGGAUCUUCUGGGAGGUCGUCAGCGGGAGCUCGAGAUUCCCGCCGACAGACACGAGUGAUUCGGACAGGACGGGAUCGAGGCUCAGGGCUCCUGGGCAGUCAGCCCCAGCCAGUUAUUCCCGCGUCUGUCAUUCCAGAGGAGCUGAUUUCACAGGCCCAAGUCGUUUUACAAGGCAAAUCUAGAAGUGUCAUUAUUCGGGAACUUCAGCGAACAAAUCUUGAUGUAAACCUUGCUGUAAAUAAUUUACUGAGCCGGGAUGAUGAAGAUGGAGAUGAUGGUGACGAUACAGCCAGUGAAUCUUACUUACCUGGAGAGGAUCUUAUGUCUCUUCUUGAUGCUGAUAUUCAUUCUGCCCACCCAAGUGUCAUUAUUGAUGCAGAUGCCAUGUUUUCUGAAGACAUUAGUUAUUUUGGUUACCCUUCGUUUCGCCGUUCAUCGCUCUCCAGGCUAGGCUCAUCUCGAGAGAGAGACUCUGACCUGUUGCGUGAACGUGAAUCCGUUUUACGUUUACGUGAACGAAGGUGGCUUGAUGGAGCCUCGUUUGAUAAUGAGAGGGGCUCUACCAGCAAGGAAGGAGAACCAAACUUGGAUAAGAAGAAUACGCCUGUUCAAAGUCCAGUCUCUCUAGGAGAAGAUUUGCAGUGGUGGCCUGAUAAGGAUGGAACAAAAUUCAUCUGUAUUGGGGCCCUGUAUUCUGAGCUCUUGGCUGUCAGCAGUAAGGGAGAACUUUAUCAGUGGAAGUGGAGUGAAUCUGAGCCUUACAGAAAUGCACAGAAUCCUUCAUUACACCAUCCACGAGCAACAUUCUUGGGGCUGACCAGUGAAAAGAUAGUCCUCCUGUCUGCAAAUAGCAUUAGAGCAACUGUAGCUACAGAAAAUAACAAGGUUGCUACAUGGGUAGAUGAAACUUUAAGUUCUGUGGCUUCUAAAUUAGAACACACUGCACAGACCUUUUCAGAACUGCAAGGAGAACGGAUUGUUUCCUUACACUGCUGUGCUCUUUACACCUGUGCUCAGCUCGAGAACAAUUUAUAUUGGUGGGGUGUAGUACCUUUUAGUCAAAGGAAGAAAAUGUUAGAGAAAGCUAGAGCUAAAAAUAAAAAGCCCAAAUCUAGUGCUGGUAUUUCCUCAAUGCCAAAUAUCACUGUUGGUACCCAGGUAUGCUUAAGAAACAAUCCUCUUUACCAUGCUGGAGCAGUUGCAUUUUCAAUUAGUGCUGGCAUUCCUAAAGUUGGUGUCUUGAUGGAGUCUGUUUGGAAUAUGAAUGAUAGCUGUCGAUUUCAACUUAGAUCUCCUGAGAGCUUAAAAAGCAUGGAAAAAGCUAGCAAAACGACUGAAGCUACUAAGCCUGAAAAUAAGCAGGAACCAGUCAAAACGGAAAUGGGCCCCCCACCGUCUCCAGCAUCCACGUGCAGUGACGCGUCCUCCAUCGCCAGCAGUGCGUCGAUGCCGUAUAAACGACGACGGUCAACCCCUGCCCCGAAAGAAGAGGAAAAGGUGAACGAAGAGCAGUGGUCUCUUAGGGAAGUCGUUUUUGUGGAAGAUGUUAAGAAUGUUCCUGUUGGCAAGGUGCUAAAAGUGGAUGGUGCCUAUGUUGCUGUGAAGUUUCCAGGAACAUCCAGUAAUACAAAUUGCCAGAGCAAUGCUGGCUCAGAUGCUGACCCUUCUUCUCUCCUGCAAGACUGUAGACUGCUUAGAAUAGACGAACUGCAGGUUGUCAAAACUGGUGGAACACCAAAAGUCCCAGAUUGUUUCCAGAGGACUCCUAAAAAACUGUGUAUACCUGAAAAAACAGAAAUAUUAGCAGUGAAUGUAGAUUCUAAAGGUGUGCAUGCUGUUUUAAAGACUGGAACUUGGGUGCGGUAUUGUAUCUUUGAUCUAGCUACAGGAAAAGCAGAACAGGAGAAUAAUUUUCCUACAAGCAGCAUUGCUUUCCUUGGUCAGAAUGAGAGGAAUGUGGCCAUUUUCACUGCUGGGCAGGAGUCUCCUAUUAUUCUUCGAGAUGGAAAUGGUACCAUCUACCCAAUGGCCAAAGAUUGCAUGGGAGGAAUACGGGAUCCUGACUGGCUCGAUCUUCCACCCAUCAGUAGUCUUGGCAUGGGUGUACAUUCUUUAGUAAAUCUUCCUGCCAACUCAACAAUCAAAAAGAAAGCUGCUAUUAUCAUCAUGGCUGUAGAGAAACAAACACUAAUGCAGCACAUUCUACGCUGUGACUACGAAGCCUGUCGACAGUAUCUCAUGAAUCUUGAGCAAGCGGUCGUUUUAGAGCAGAAUCUACAGAUGCUACAGACAUUCAUCAGUCAUAGAUGUAAUGGAAAUAGAAAUAUUUUGCAUGCAUGUGUAUCAGUGUGCUUUCCAACCAGCAAUAAGGAAACUAAAGAAGAAGAGGAAGCAGAGCGCUCAGAAAGAAAUACAUUUGCAGAAAGGCUUUCUGCUGUUGAGGCCAUUGCAAAUGCAAUAUCAGUUGUUUCAAGUAAUGGCCCAGGUAAUCGGGCUGGAUCAUCAAGUAGCCGAAGUUUGAGACUGCGGGAAAUGAUGAGACGGUCUUUGAGAGCGGCUGGUCUGGGUAGACAUGAAGCUGGUGCUUCGUCCAGUGAUCACCAGGAUCCAGUCGAUCGAAAGGCAAAUGCUCAUUUUAUAUUAAAAUUGUUAUGUGACAGUGUUGUUCUGCAGCCAUAUCUACGAGAACUCCUCUCUGCCAAGGAUGCAAGAGGGAUGACCCCAUUUAUGUCAGCUGUAAGUGGUCGCGCUUAUCCUGCUGCAAUUACUAUCUUAGAAACAGCCCAGAAAAUUGCAAAAGCUGAAGUAUCCUCAAGUGAAAAAGAGGAAGAUGUAUUUAUGGGAAUGGUGUGCCCAUCAGGUACCAAUCCUGAUGAUUCUCCGUUAUAUGUUUUGUGCUGUAAUGAUACCUGCAGUUUUACAUGGACCGGAGCAGAGCACAUUAACCAGGAUAUUUUUGAAUGUCGAACUUGUGGCCUGCUGGAGUCACUUUGUUGUUGUACAGAAUGUGCACGAGUUUGUCAUAAAGGUCAUGAUUGCAAACUUAAAAGGACAUCACCGACAGCCUACUGUGACUGCUGGGAGAAGUGUAAAUGUAAGACACUAAUUGCUGGACAGAAAUCUGCCCGUCUCGAUCUGCUUUAUCGUCUCCUCACUGCUACCAAUCUUGUCACUCUGCCAAACAGCAGGGGAGAACAUCUCUUGCUGUUUUUAGUACAGACGGUUGCCCGACAGACUGUAGAGCAUUGCCAGUAUCGGCCACCACGAAUCAGGGAGGACCGGAACCGAAAAACAGCCAAUCCUGAAGAUUCAGAUAUGCCUGAUCAUGAUUUAGAGCCCCCCAGAUUUGCCCAGCUUGCGUUAGAACGUGUCCUACAGGAUUGGAAUGCCUUGAAAUCCAUGAUUAUGUUUGGGUCACAGGAAAAUAAGGACCCUCUCAGCGCCAGCAGUAGAAUAGGACAUCUUUUGCCUGAAGAACAAGUUUACCUCAAUCAGCAGAGUGGCACAAUUCGGCUUGACUGUUUCACUCAUUGCCUUAUAGUCAAGUGUACAGCAGAUAUUUUGCUUUUAGAUACUCUAUUGGGUACGCUAGUAAAAGAACUCCAAAACAAAUACACAGCUGGACGUAGAGAAGAAGCUGUUGCUGUAACAAUGAGGUUUCUCCGUUCAGUGGCAAGAGUUUUCGUCAUUCUCAGUGUGGAAAUGGCUUCAUCCAAAAAGAAAAACAACUUUAUCCCCCAGCCAAUUGGAAAAUGCAAGCGUGUGUUCCAAGCGCUGCUGCCUUAUGCUGUGGAGGAGUUGUGUAAUGUCGCAGAAUCGCUGAUUGUUCCGGUCAGGAUGGGCAUUGCCCGCCCAACUGCACCAUUCACUCUGGCCAGUACGAGCAUCGAUGCUAUGCAGGGCAGUGAAGAACUCUUUUCAGUGGAGCCACUGCCCCCACGGCCAUCAUCCGAUCAGUCUAGCAGUUCCAGUCAGUCGCAGUCCUCCUACAUCAUCCGGAACCCUCAGCAGAGGCGCAUCAGCCAGUCCCAGCCUGUCCGGGGCAGAGAUGAGGAGCAGGAUGAUAUUGUUUCAGCAGACGUGGAAGAGGUUGAGGUGGUGGAGGGUGUGGCUGGAGAAGAAGAUCAUCAUGACGAACAGGAGGAACAUGGGGAAGAAAACGCCGAGGCAGAGGGACAGCACGAUGAGCAUGACGAAGAUGGGAGUGACAUGGAGCUAGACCUGUUAGCUGCAGCUGAAACAGAAAGUGACAGUGAAAGUAACCACAGCAACCAAGAUAACGCUAGUGGGCGCAGGAGCGUUGUCACGGCAGCUACUGCUGGCUCGGAAGCAGGAGCAAGCAGUGUUCCUGCCUUCUUUUCUGAAGAUGAUUCUCAAUCAAAUGACUCAAGUGAUUCUGACAGCAGCAGUAGUCAGAGUGACGACAUGGAACAGGAGACGUUUAUGCUUCAUGAGCCAUUAGAAAGAACCACAAAUAGCUCCCACGCCAGUGGUGCUGCCCAAGCUCCCCGCUCCAUGCAGUGGGCCGUCCGGAAUACACAGCAUCAGCGCGCGGCCAGCACAGCCCCUUCCAGCACAUCCACACCAGCAGCAAGUUCAGCAGGUUUGAUUUAUAUUGAUCCUUCAAACUUACGCCGGAGUGGUACCAUCAGUACAAGUGCCGCAGCUGCAGCAGCUGCUUUGGAAGCUAGCAAUGCCAGCAGCUACUUAACAUCUGCAAGCAGUUUAGCCAGGGCUUAUAGCAUUGUCAUCAGACAGAUCUCAGACUUGAUGGGCCUUAUUCCUAAGUAUAAUCACCUAGUAUACUCUCAGAUUCCAGCUGCAGUGAAAUUGACUUACCAGGAUGCUGUAAAUUUACAGAACUAUGUAGAAGAAAAGCUUAUUCCCACUUGGAACUGGAUGGUCAGUAUAAUGGAUUCUACUGAAGCUCAAUUACGUUAUGGUUCUGCAUUAGCAUCUGCUGGUGAUCCAGGACAUCCCAAUCAUCCUCUUCAUGCUUCUCAAAAUUCAGCGCGAAGAGAGAGAAUGACUGCACGAGAGGAGGCUAGUUUAAGAACACUUGAAGGCCGACGGCGUGCCACUUUGCUUAGUGCUCGUCAAGGAAUGCUGUCUGCUCGAGGGGACUUCCUAAAUUAUGCUCUGUCUUUAAUGCGCUCUCACAACGAUGAGCAUUCUGAUGUUCUUCCAGUUUUGGAUGUUUGCUCAUUGAAGCAUGUGGCUUAUGUUUUUCAAGCCCUUAUCUAUUGGAUUAAAGCAAUGAAUCAGCAGACAACAUUGGAUACACCUCAACUGGAACGCAAAAGGACACGAGAACUCGUGGAACUGGGUAUUGAUAAUGAAGAUUCAGAACAUGAAAAUGAUGAUGACACCAAUCAAAGUGCUACUUUGAAUGAUAAGGAUGAUGACUCUCUUCCUGCAGAAACUGGUCAAAACCAUCCAUUUUUCCGACGCUCAGACUCCAUGACGUUCCUUGGGUGUAUCCCCCCGAAUCCAUUUGAAGUGCCUCUGGCUGAAGCCAUCCCUUUGGCGGAUCAGCCGCAUCUGUUACAGCCAAAUGCUAGAAAAGAGGACCUUUUUGGCCGUCCAAGUCAGGGUCUUUAUUCUUCAUCAGCAAGUAGUGGAAAAUGCUUAAUGGAGGUUACAGUGGAUAGAAACUGCCUUGAGGUUCUUCCAACAAAAAUGUCUUAUGCUGCCAAUUUGAAAAAUGUAAUGAACAUGAAAAAUUGGCAAAAAAGGGAAGGAGAAGAACAGACUGUGCUGCCAGAAGAAGCUGAGAGUUCCAAACCAGGGCCAUCUGCUCAUGAUCUCGCUGCACAACUGAAAAGUAGUUUGCUAGCCGAAAUCGGACUGACGGAAAGUGAAGGGCCCCCUCUUACAGCUUUCAGACCGCAGUGUAGCUUCAUGGGGAUGGUCAUUUCCCAUGACAUGCUGCUGGGACGUUGGCGCCUUUCCUUAGAACUGUUUGGCAGAGUAUUCAUGGAAGACGUUGGAGCAGAACCUGGAUCAAUCCUAACUGAACUGGGUGGUUUUGAGGUAAAAGAAUCAAAAUUCCGUAGAGAAAUGGAAAAACUGAGAAACCAGCAGUCAAGAGAUUUAUCACUAGAGGUUGAUCGGGAUCGAGAUCUUCUAAUUCAACAGACUAUGAGGCAGCUUAACAAUCACUUUGGUCGAAGAUGUGCUACCACACCUAUGGCUGUGCACAGAGUAAAAGUCACAUUCAAGGACGAGCCAGGGGAAGGCAGUGGUGUGGCACGAAGCUUUUAUACAGCCAUUGCACAAGCAUUUUUGUCAAAUGAAAAAUUGCCAAAUCUUGACUGUAUCCAAAAUGCCAACAAAGGCACCCACACAAGUCUAAUGCAGAGAUUAAGGAACAGAGGAGAGAGAGAUCGAGAAAGAGAAAGAGAGAGGGAAAUGAGGAGAAGUAGCGGCUUGCGAGGGAAUCCUAGUGACGAUCCAGAUCCUCUGCCAGCACAUCGGCAGGCACUUGGGGAGAGGCUUUACCCUCGGGUACAAGCCAUGCAACCAGCAUUUGCAAGUAAAAUCACUGGCAUGCUAUUGGAAUUAUCCCCAGCACAGCUGCUUCUCCUUCUAGCUAGUGAAGAUUCUCUGAGAGCAAGAGUGGAUGAAGCCAUGGAACUUAUUAUUGCACACGGAAGGGAAAAUGGAGCUGACAGUAUCUUGGAUCUUGGAUUGCUAGACUCUUCAGAAAAGGUUCAGGAAAACCGAAAACGUCAUGGUUCUAGUCGAAGUGUAGUGGAUAUGGAUUUAGAUGACACAGAUGAUGGUGAUGAUAAUGCACCUUUGUUUUAUCAACCUGGAAAAAGAGGAUUUUAUACUCCGCGGCCUGGCAAAAAUACAGAAGCAAGGCUGAAUUGUUUCAAAAAUAUUGGGAGAAUUCUUGGACUUUGUCUGUUACAGAAUGAACUAUGUCCUAUCACAUUGAAUAGACAUGUAAUUAAAGUGUUGCUUGGUAGAAAAGUCAAUUGGCAUGAUUUUGCUUUUUUUGACCCUGUAAUGUAUGAAAGUUUGCGGCAACUCAUCCUCGCUUCUCAGAGCUCAGAUGCGGAUGCUGUUUUCUCAGCAAUGGACUUGGCAUUUGCAAUAGACUUGUGUAAAGAAGAGGGUGGAGGACAGGUUGAACUCAUCCCCAAUGGUGUAAAUAUACCUGUCACUCCCCAGAACGUGUAUGAAUAUGUACGGAAAUAUGCAGAGCACAGAAUGUUGGUAGUUGCAGAGCAGCCAUUACAUGCAAUGAGAAAAGGUCUGCUGGAUGUACUUCCAAAGAAUUCAUUAGAAGAUUUAACAGCAGAAGAUUUUAGGCUUUUGGUAAAUGGCUGUGGUGAAGUUAAUGUGCAAAUGCUGAUCAGUUUCACUUCUUUCAAUGAUGAAUCUGGAGAAAAUGCUGAGAAGCUCUUGCAGUUCAAACGCUGGUUCUGGUCAAUAGUGGAGAAGAUGAGCAUGACAGAAAGACAGGACCUUGUUUAUUUUUGGACAUCAAGCCCAUCACUACCAGCUAGCGAAGAAGGAUUUCAGCCUAUGCCCUCCAUCACAAUAAGGCCACCAGAUGACCAAGGUGUGGCUUAUUUUACCAAUAAUGUAAUAGUGUUUUUCACCACCUCAUAUAUCAGAAGAUGUUUUUUAACAAAAAGAUGUUCUUAUUUCCUCCUCGGUGGUCGACACGCCGAGUUUGCGCAUUACGACAUACCGUAUUCCUGGGGCAGGGCGAAGACUACCUGGGGAAUCGCGACCUGGAGAAGUGACUUGGUGAAUCUGGACUAG